CAAGAGCUUCUCUUUUCAAGGUUAAGAAGAUCGCUUGCCCUUAAACAUAUAGGCUGACCCUUCAAAGCUCGAUGAGUAUGACGCGUAGAGAUAUUUAUAAUGAACAACCUGUUCAGAAACAGGUGAUAAAAUGCACGAACACUCUUGACAUGUGGUGUUCUACAAGCACUGUUGUCCUUGAUGAUUCAAGGUCAGAAUGACCCAGACUCCUCUCACAGCCUCUUAAGCUCCAGAGCAGCAUGUAAUGUAUUGUGUUGUGCGUUGCUGUCGUGUGUGGCUGUUGUGUCAAACUUGCAAAGAGUUUGUUCGUGACUUGCGUUCUCAUUUAAGGCACAAAGUCCUGCGGGAACGUGCCAGAGCUGUCGUAAUGCCCGUGCUGAUGCUUAUGUAGAAAUGAGAUGUGUUUCAGAGCCAAUCUGAUGUUGUGGAGAGGGUCCGAGGAUUACUAACGCGCAUGUAGUGUCGAAUAAAUACUGCUACGAUUGACGCCUUGAGUAGCAGCGAAUAAAACAUUGCCUCCGGAAAGGUCAUCGCGAGCCGUCAAUGAGAUUUUUCGGCUGAUAUUUGUGAGCUGAUUUUGGAGGAUUGAGGGCGCAUCUGACGUCGAGGAAAUUUAGUUGCGUGGAGAUUUUGGAUACUGUUGCAUACUCUCGAUUCUUUCACAGGAGCCGUUUCUCUGAGAGUGACAGCGCUCUUUGAAUUGAGGACUUAAACACUGGGGCUGAUGGCGGCGUCGGCACCCUCCUCCUCCUCCUCCUCUGGCGGCGAUCCGGAUCCCAACUCGACAAAUUUACGGCCACCUUCCUCAAACUAUGACUGGAGUGGAGUCGCUCAUGGAUGUACGAGGAAACUUGGAAUGAAGAUAUGCGGAUUUUUGCAGAAGAACAAUAAUGUUGACGACAAGAGCCGAAUUGUCGGGUUUUUUAACGAUCAGCAGCCAAAGAGCAUUUUAACACGGGACAACGAGCCAGACUCUCGCUUCAGACGAACAGAGACAGACUUCUCCAAUCUGUAUGCAAGAGAUCUACUUCCUGCCAAAAAUGGUGAGGAGUAUACAAUGCAGUUCCUGUUGGAGGUGGUGGACAUCCUCACUAACUAUGUGCGGAAGACCUUUGACAGAUCCACUAAAGUGCUGGACUUCCAUCAUCCUCACCAGUUGCUGGAAGGAAUGGAGGGCUUCAACUUAGAGCUGUGUGAUCAGCCAGAGAGCCUGGAGCAGAUCCUGGUGGACUGCAGGGACACGCUCAAAUACGGUGUCCGCACAGGUCACCCAAGGUUUUUUAACCAGCUGUCUUCAGGUCUAGACAUCAUUGGUUUAGCUGGAGAGUGGCUGACCUCUACUGCCAACACUAACAUGUUCACAUAUGAGAUUGCACCGGUGUUUGUACUGAUGGAGCAGCUCACCCUGAAGAAAAUGCGAGAGAUUGUUGGCUGGCCAAAUGGAGAGGGCGAUGGCAUUUUCUCACCAGGAGGAGCAAUCUCGAACAUGUACAGCGUGAUGGUGGCACGAUAUAAACAUUAUCCUGAAGUUAAAAUCAAAGGCAUGGCAGCUGCUCCCAGACUGGUGCUUUUCACCUCAGAACAUAGUCACUACUCUAUAAAGAAGGCCAGUGCAGUUCUGGGUUUCGGCACAGAGAAUCUAAUCUUGCUGAGGACAGACGAGAGAGGUAGAGUGAUUCCGGCUGAUCUGGAAGCCAAAGUCAUUGAUGCCAAACAGAAGGGGUUUGUGCCAAUGUUCGUGAAUGCUACAGCUGGAUCUACAGUGUACGGAGCCUUUGAUCCAAUCAAUGAGAUUGCUGACAUCUGUGAGAAAUACAACAUUUGGCUUCAUGUGGAUGGAGCGUGGGGUGGAGGUUUACUGAUGUCUAGAAAACACAGACACAAACUGAAUGGCAUUGAGAGAGCAAACUCUGUCACAUGGAACCCGCAUAAGAUGAUGGGCGUUCCACUACAGUGCUCCGCCAUUCUGGUCCGAGAGAAGGGUCUUCUGCAGGGCUGCAAUUCCAUGUGUGCUGGAUAUCUCUUUCAGCCGGAUAAGCAGUAUGAUGUUACCUAUGACACAGGGGACAAGGCCAUACAGUGUGGCCGCCAUGUAGACAUCUUCAAAUUCUGGCUUAUGUGGAAGUCGAAGGGCACUAUAGGCUUUGAGAAGCACAUUGACAGAUGUCUGGAGCUCUCGGAGUAUCUUUACCGCAAGAUAAAGAACCGAGAAGGAUAUGAGAUGGUGUUUCAAGGGGAGCCCCAGCACACCAAUGUGUGUUUCUGGUACAUUCCUCCAAGCCUCCGGCUCCUGCCAGAUGGAGAGGAGAAAAGACAACGACUUCAUAAGGUUGCCCCCAAGAUCAAGGCAAUGAUGAUGGAGUGUGGGACGACAAUGGUGGGCUACCAGCCUCAAGGUGAUAAGGUUAACUUCUUCAGAAUGGUCGUCUCUAAUCCGGCUGUAACCAGGUCUGACAUUGACUUCCUGAUUGAUGAGAUAGAAAGACUGGGACAGGAUUUAUAAAGCACAAAGGUUGGAAAGUCUGUAGAAGUAUGGGAAAUGGAGAAGACAUUCUGAAGUAUUGUAUCAGCUGGACAUUCCAGAGUAUUAGACCAGUGAGGUGCUCUAGAAUAAUGAACCUCUUGGAUAUUCUAGAAUGUUCCACUAGGAAACUGGACAUUCCAGAAUGCGGAGGUGGUGAGCUCUUCAGACUAUAAUUUCAUAAUGAAGGAUCAGAUUUCCUCCUAUGACAUUAUAUGUCCUCUCCUCUUCCCUUCUCCCAGUGGCUCCUGUCUAUUGUGUUCUCUUCUUUCUUUGGUAACACUAACAAUAAGGUUCCAUUUCUUAACAUUGGUUAACUACAUUCAUUAACAAGAAAUGACAUCGAAAAAUACUUAAUAUUUACUAAUACAUUACUAAUUUUUUUUUAUAAUAAAGUAACCAAGGUUAAUAAAUACUGUAAUGCAAAUUUUGUUCAUUGUUUGUUAAUGUUAGUAAUAAUAAGGGGCUGUUGAAAUCUUGAUUCUUAUUUUCAGAGUUAAAGUAGUUCCAGUCAUUACAGUUAUAGUGCAUUAUUUUCUAAUAAUUCAAUGCCCCGUUGUCAGUUAUUCAUUACUUAGUGCGUUAACUAAUGUUAAGUAAUGAGACGUUAUUGUACAGCGUUACCCUUUCUUUUAAAAGAAAAUAUUAUAUUCACUUUACAGCACAAGUGUAUAUUAAAGAAAUGUUCAUGGUUCAAUACAAGCUAAGCUCUAUGAUAGUGGCUGUGAUACUCGGUUGAUUACCACAGAAUUUAGAAAUAAUUUGUCUCUCACUUUCUACAAAGAAACAGGAAUUGUGCUUACAGUAUUGCUCUCAAUGCAAAUUUAAUGGGCAAGGCUUCGGAUUUUUGUAUAAACUGAGGGACGUGACUUUUCAACUGUGAACAUUUCCUUUAAAAUCCGGAUCUGCUCUGUAAGAAUAUACUGUAAUAUACCACCAUCAAAGAGCCAUCUGGACUGUCAGUGUGAUUGCACAAAUGCAUAACUUCUUAGCUGUUAUGUAAUGAAGAUUAAUUGAAGUGUGUACCAUUGUACCAAGUACUGUAUUGACACGCUGUGUUUUUAGAAUUUAUGACUCUUUGUGUAAAUUGUGAUUGUUUGUGACAAACAUAUAUCACAUAGUUUUACAGUAAGAAAUGUUUGAAUAGUGGUAAAGAUUCAAUAGCUAUAACUAUUUAUAUCAUAAGAAGAAUUGUGUGACAGAGAUUAUUCCUCUAUUUGUACCCUCCAAGUAUUUUCAUUUGUAUUUUGAGAGACAAUAUUUAUCUAUAUUGUUUAAAACAGUGCAUUAGAGAUUUUAAUUAAUUUAUUAACCAAAGACAUGGAACAAAAUGACAUUUCAUUGUCAGUCAACACACCUGUAAUACUCUGCUACAUUAUAUGGCCAGAAGUAUGUGAACAUCUCAUUCUAAUUAAUGGGUUUUGCAAUUCCAGUAACUCCAGUAAGGAUAAAUGUCAGUGUUACACCAUAAUGCCCAUCGAGAGAAAUGAUGUGGUGGGGAAGACCUGUUCUGUCCUGCACAAAACACAGACGUGAACCCCACUAAACAACUCUGCUAGACCCCCCUCAUCCAACAUCAGUGCCUUUGGCCAUAUAGUGUAUCUAACUUAGUGUAAGAAAUGAAUGUCUAACUUAGGAUAUCAAUAUAACAGAGCAUUUUCUAACCAUAGUGCAAUGAAUGCUGUAGCUGAGAUUUAGUCACUGGUGUUCAUGAAUUAAUAUAAAAAGUUUAAAAAGGAAAUAAAAAAUCUAAAAUAUAGUCUCUUAACUUUUGUUAAGAGAAAAGCACAGCGACGUCACAGCGAUGAUCCUCCAGAAAUGGAGAUGUAUUUUAUUAGCAGCUAUUUGUAGUAUUAGUAAUUAGGUUUCAUUUCUUCAGUAUAGACCAAACAAAAAUUCACAUUCCUGAAUCAACAAACUAUGCUAAUAUUUUGUGUACGCUAUGCUUACUUCCGUCUGCACAGUAGAUGUAAAGCUAAUGAUCUCUAGAUUGAAGGGCCUGAGUGUUUACUAACUAAAAAAAUGUGCAUUAACUGGCUUGCAGUAUGUGCAAUAUUACUGUUCACUGUCACCGGUACAAAUAAACACUCAGCUUGAAACAUGUUGAA